UGCAGCCUCUUCAACAGAGAUGUUAGUCUACCUUCCACGCUCCUAAUCGCUAUCAUGCAACCUACCACCUAAGAGAAAAGAGAAAACGAACAGCUGCAAUGAGCAGACCCUCGGACGCCUUGUUGCGCCUGCCUUUCCCCUCCUAUGCAGUGCGUUCGCCGCAGGGAGUCGACGCAUGACGUCCCGGCCGCAACUGCCAAUCCCGUCCCCAAUGGCUGGCUUCCACGUUCUCUGCGCAGACCCUACCUGCUUACCCUCUCUAUUUGCAUGUUAUUGAUCGCAAUUGCUGUGGAGAUCCUCCGUCAGUAUUCCAAUCGCCAUAAUGGACUUGUCAAGUUCGCACGGGAGGAAGAUCUGUCGGUACUCAAAUGGCGAGCCUGGACAGAUACACCCACCUUUUUGGCUCUCAUCAUCGUGGUGUUUUGGGACGUCUUUGCCCAAGAUGUCUUGCGCCUAGAGCCAUACUUCCAACUGGCCUGUCCUGACAGCAUGGUCUCUGCCAGUGCACUCUUCACCAAUUAUAGCUUUGACGUCGGGGUUCUCGCGCCAAUCCGUUCCACCCGCAACCGGCACUGGAUUGUGCUAUGUGUUUCCUCAAUGUCUCUAGCAAUGCACCUUCUCGUGCCUGCCCUGCUCUCAGGCCUCGUGAUUCUGUACUCCGACAUUGCCGUGGAAACGAAAACUCUGGAUACAUGGCCACAUUUGGUUGAUGUGGACACCCAAAAUAACUGGUUCUCCCUUCAAGCUACUUACAGAACGCCACAGAAUGCUCGUCAUGGUUCUUACCCAUGGUCCAAUAAUAACGUGACGUAUGCCAUUGCUCCCCUUUCAUCCCCAGAGGACGGGCAUGACGAUUUCUUGACCUUGAGUUUGAAUCAAUCAGUCUAUUGGUCUGAGAUGAACUGUGCGCAUACGAUGGUGAUGGGCGCAAUACCCAGCAGAGAACUCAAUAUCACCACCGAAGAAUCAACAGGACGUGAUCUCUCGUGGAACCUCUCCAGCAUCACAACACCAGGAAUAGGGUCACGCUCGCCUUGUAAUCUUAGCUUAACCAUAAGCACGGUCCUUCCAUCCCGCAAUGGACAAUUCCAAGCACGCUACUGGGAGCCCGUGCAGGCCGAUUUAGCUUCAACCUUCCGAUCCAUGUUCAAUGCCAAUGGCUGCCUCUCAACUGGACUCUUUGGCGUGCUGAUCGAUGUAGAGACGACCGCGGCGACAGUACCGAGUUCAAACAUCACUUUAUUUGCAUGUCAGCCAGCUUACAGACAGGCGACCGCUAAUGUCUCGUAUGCCAGGGUUUCAUCUCCCACGAGUAUCGAACUGGUCCCAUCCACUAUCCGGGAGAUGAACGACACGGACUUCAGCAUGCUCGGGUUUCAAAAGUUUAUGUCCUCAGACUAUGGCCUUACAGGGCUCUCCGAGGACUUUAAAUCCAGUGUAGUUGUGGGCGACUCGGGUGCUCUCCUCCCUGUCCAAUAUCAGGAGACAGUCGAGCAGCUGUGGAACUAUCAGUUCAUGGAUACAAUCACCAGGCUUUUCAACCAGCAGGCAGUGGCCUCCGAGGGGAAAUUCUUAAAGAAUCCAAUAGGCAUUGUAGUGGUAUCCCGCACAGCUGCCAUUGUGGAAAUGAUUAUGAUCCUGGGAUUCAUGCUGGUCUUUACACUAAACUACAUCUAUCCUCGUCGCCUAAGUCUCUUGCAUAAGGACCCUAGCUCGAUUGCCGCGCAGUGCGAGCUGAUUAAUCGUCUGAUUGGCCCUGAAACGCUUCAAACGCUAUCUCUGCCUGCCUAUCAUGUAGCAAGAACUCGAACCCUCCAAAAAUGGGCCAAAGGGCUCUGGUGCAGGUGGUCAAGUGGCCCGAACGGUCGACGGAUCGAACUAUGUUCGAGAAUCGCUUCUCCGGUCAAGACGUGUCCCCCUCCAGCCCUAGCCACACGCUGGGAUCCGAUGCCGCAUUUCUUAACCCUUCCAUGGUUUGUGAUGGAAUGUGUCUUGCUCAUAGGCAUAGUUACUGCAUUUGGUCUGACAUACAAUUGGAUGCACUUCUAUGCGUUAGACUCAUUCGAGUCUCCCCGAGUGCUAUUUUCUGCCAUCUUCUUGGUCUACGGCCCGACUAUGCUGGCAUCCAUUGUGCACACCCUCUCGAAUUCCCUCCACCGGCACCUGAGCGUCGCAGAGCCCUGGUUCCAAUUACGAAAGAGCAUCGCUUCGUCAGAACAAUUAUCGGUGCCAAUUUAUAGACCUCUGACUACUGUCUUUGCAUACGUGCGCUCAGGUCCGCGACCCUCUAUCACUGUCCUCGGUCUCUCAUUGAUCUGCCUGUUCAAUCUGAUCCUGGUCUUUAUCAGUGGGGGACUCUUCGAGCCGCAGGUCCAUACAUACCUUGCCUCGUCUAAUCUGUCCACGUCAUAUGCUGACGCUACGUUUAUCGGCCAUGAGCUGGACCCUGAUUUCCGGACUUAUGACCGCAGUGUAUAUUAUCUGAUGUCGAAUCAGCUGAGUUUACCAUGGGCUACAAGGGAUACCUUCUUUCUUCCUUUCACAAUCGAGGACACUGAUGCUACCGCUGUACGAUAUACUACUGUCACCCAUGGGAUUGGCAGCUCGCUUACCUGCGACGUGGUGGCUCCAAAUAAUACAACCAUCAACUCUGAUAGCAUGAUGAACUGGACAUACAGCCCUUCAACCAAUCCAGCCCUACACUGCACGGUCCAGCUGCCUAUCGAGCCCAUCAACUCCAUACAGCCAACAAUGCAAUACGCCUGGCCCGACGACUCCGACUGCCAGAGACUAGGAUUCUUCGUCUCCUCCUCAAUCCCACUACAAGAUAACCAGACUCACACCCCUCUUUAUUGCACUCCUUACCUGAACCUGCAACUCUCCGAAAUCCAGGUCGACUUUGCCGGUCGCAUCCAGAAACAUACCAUCAUCCCCAACAACCCCCCGACCCCCACCAACCUACUCCACCAGAAUCUGUCAAUCGCCCUCGCAAGCUUCAACCAACAUCUGAGCACCUUCGUCUACAACCUAACAACCCACCCCCAUCCACUACCCCACUACCUCUCCUCCUUUCCUAACGCCCACACCGCUACCCUAUAUCGGGCUCUCCAUCAAGCCCACCCCGCGAACACCACACACGCCCUCAUCACCGCAAUCCAAUGUCUCUACCAACAAACCUUCACCAACUACCUAACCCUACACCACGACACCCUCUUCCCGCACGGCCCGCUCGUUGAUAUCCCCGGCACAACCACCUACACCCUGUGGGGCUUCCUGCCUUCCAGGACCUCGAUCCUCAUCAUCAUCGUCAUCAUGUCGCUGGACGUCCUCGCGCUGGUGACCGUGUUCGCGCUCUACUAUGGCCGGUACGAUGCGCCACGGAUCCCGAAAGCGAUUGGCUCGUUGAUGCCGUGGGUUGGGGGUGUAAAGGGGUUGCAACGGUUGACGCGGAUGAGUGAGCUGCGUGAUGAGGGGAAGGAACAAGAGUAUAAACUGUGGUCUCAGCGGAGUGCCGAUGGCGACACGUUGUGGGUGUUGGGUGAGGUGGAGGUGGAGGUGGAACUGGAGGAGGUGGAGGGUGCUGGUAAUUCACUCUCCUCAUAAGUUAGGUUCUAAUUUCUUUGAGCGGUGUCAAUCGAUUAUAG